AUGAAUUCCCUUGCCAUCGUUCUUCUUCUUGUCGCAGCUUACAUGGUCAACGCAACCGCUACAUUCCACGCUCAGGAUCUCGACGGAUCGUCCGAAGUUAACGAUCGUCUCAUUAGACAGCUCGCCUUCGAGCUUGCCGUCGACGAUGCCAUCGAGAACAUGCCAAAGUCGAGAGCCCGACGAGCAUCAAGAACCUGUGGACCACGUUUGAUUGCCUUUGUGAUGAAGGUGUGCGGAGAUCUAUGCUCACCACAAGAGGGCAAGGAUAUCGCUACUCACUGCUGUGGAAGUCAAUGCACCGACGAGUACAUCCGUGAGGCUUGUUGCCCAUAG